AUGAGGAACUUGAAUUGUGAUGGGGAUGACGAACCAUCGACUGAUAUUUUCUAUGAUCCAUACACUCAAACAGAUCAACGGUUAAAAGUAGGAGACAUAUUUCGUUCUAAGGAGGCAUGUAUCAUGGACAUAAAAAGAUUUCAUAUGGCAAACAAUGUUGAUUUUAGAGUUGAUUGCGCCAAUGUUGAGAGGUACAAAAUUUAUUGUAGAAACACUGAUUGUGGAUUCAGGUUGCAUGCAUCAUACACGAAGAGAAGUGAUUCAUGGGUUAUAGGAUAUAUUUCCCAAGAUCACACGUGUGGUAACACAAAUGUUUCACAAGAUCACCAAAGGCGUGGCUGGCGAAGACCAAAGCGAUCGAAAAUUGUGUAUGGAAAUUGGGAGGAUUCAUACAAACGACUCCCAUAUUUCUUAUAUGCGCUUCAAAUUUAUGCUCCUGGAACCGUUACUAUUUUAGAGACCCUUCCGGCGCAAUCUCCAGACGGAACGUCCCUUCAAGGAAAUGUGAUAUUCCACAGGCUUUUCUGGGCUUUCCGCCCAUGUGUUCAAGGAUUUUCAUAUUGCAAACCAAUUCCUCAAAUAGAUGGAACUUGGUUGUAUGGAAAAUAUAAAGGCACCAUGUUGAUGGUUGUGGCUCAAGACGGAAAUAGUAACAUCUUUCCUGUUGCGUUCGCUCUUGUGGAAGGAGAAACUGCUGGAGGUUGGGGUUUCUUUCUCAGAAAUCUUCGGACACACGUUGCCCCCCAACCUGAACUUUGCUUGAUUUCAGACAGACAUGCUUCCAUCGAGAGUGCGUACAACAAUCCAGCAAACGGGUGGCAAAACCCAACAUCAACGCCUGUUUACUGUAUUCGACACAUUGCACAAAAUUUCAUGCGAGAGAUAAAGGACAGGGCUCUUCGGAAGAGUCUUGUCAAUGCCGGAUAUGCGUUGACUCAACCGACGUUCCAAUAUUAUCGACAUGAAAUUGUAGCGGCAAAUCCAGAUGCAGGCAGAUGGUUAGACAAUCUUGCUAGAGAGAAAUGGACUAGAUCAUACGACAACGGGAAGCGAUGGGGGCACAUGACUACGAAUCUUGUGGAGUCUAUGAACGGGGUGUUUAAGGGCAUCAGACACCUUCUGAUUACUGCCUUGGUGGAAGCAACAUACUAUAGGAUGACUUCUCUUUUCGCAAGAAGAGCAAUUCCAACGUUAAAGAAGCGUGGAAGCAAGUGGAAGACUAUAGCUCAUGUAGAGGAAGACGUGUUAAUUCCUGCAGAGAUAAUCGUCAUUGACGUUUAA